AAAGUUUUUUUUAAUAAACACCGUGUGAACUGAUCUAAAAAGUAUAAUUUAUUCAAUAAUAAAAGCUAAACGUCCUGUUAUUGCAGUCUACAAUGCCUGAAAAGCCAUCUUUGUACUACGCUCUAUUUAGUCCUCCUGCACGGGCCUGCAUUCUAACUGCAAAGCUUAUUGGACUAGACAUAGAUCUUAUUGCUGUUGACUUUUCCAAAAAGGAGCACUUGAGUCCGGAGUUUCUAAAGCUCAAUCCGCAGCAUCAGAUUCCCGUGUUCGUGGACACAGACGGAGAGGUCUAUGUGGAUAGUCAUGCAAUUAUAUGUUUCAUGGUGGCCAAGUAUGCUAAAGAUGAUCAAUUGUAUUCGAAAGACUUGAAGCGUCGUGCACACAUCGAUCAUCGCAUGCACUAUGAGAACGGCGUGCUCUUUCAGGUGAUCAAAGAUAUUGUGGCACGGAAUAUAUACGGUGGCGAGGCUGAGUUCAAUGCGCGCUCCUUAGAACUUUGUCACAAUGCAUAUGCCUCGUUAGAGCAAUUUUUAAAUCAGGGCAGCUUCGUUGUUGGCAAUGAACUAAGCGUGGCUGAUAUAUCCAUUCACACGACACUGAUUACACUGGAGUUGCUUGUUCCUAUAGACCAGGAACGGUAUCCGGAGAUUAACGGAUGGCUGCAGCGAAUGCAGAAGCUGCUGCCAGACUAUGAAGAUAUUAAUCUAAAGGGUGCGAAGGCUCUGCAGCAACGUAUUCUAAGCUGCAUGGCCGAACACAAGGCAAAUAAAUAA